AUGACCGAUCCGACCCCGUCUAGAGGCCACCGAUGGUCAUAUAAUGAAAUCGCCGAGGCUUAUCAGAUUUUCAACCGCACCUUAUCGACAAUACUGCAGACGGAGAUCAGUCAAUUCAUUGAUAAGCCGUGGGAAGCUUUUGCCGCACUGCAACGCAAGUUUAAAGCCCUGGCCGAAGAUGCUAUCCAGAUAUUAGAAGGGAAACUGAACUGCAUCACUCAAGAACGAAACGAAUAUCACGGCAGUCUUAUCGGUCACAACGAUAAUCAUACUGUUAAGAUUACGUUGAAGACACCCGCUAUGAUGGCCAUGUCGUAUGAUGAGCUCACCACGUACCUCAUUGCGUUGGAUCCAGACGAAAGUGACCCGUCAACCAUUGACAAGUCAGGUUCUCGUCACGACAUGAAAGACUACAGAUACAUGUCCAAGAAUAAUGACAAGCAUAUCCGAUCUGAUUCAAGUCGUGGCUACCGUACACGUGAGGAAAGAUACAACAGAAACAAACGUUACCAACAACGCUACGAUACUCACGAUGAUUAUGACCGACAGUACUACCGAGCAGAUAGAUACAAUCGACGCCACUACGACGAUGUCACGAUGAUUAUGACCGACAGUACUACCGAGCAGAUAGAUACAAUCGACGCCACUACGACGAUGGUAGAUAUUUACGAGACACCCAACGUUCACAAGACAAUGACAAAACAUAUCGAUCCUAGGGCAAUCGACACCAAGCUCAUGAAGACAGACAGGACAAAGCAAUGUCAGCACAAUGAUCAGCAUCUGCUAACAGACAGAUUGCAUUCUCCACAAUUAACCCUACAAUCGACUACAAAGAGGUGA